GGAUUUGUGUUGUGGUAACCCAAGGUCAGGUUGCUAACACAGUCAGAGCUGUCUCUUCAUCCAGCCAUUUAUUCACCUAUUUAAUAUUCCUGACAAGAUCUCAGAACGUUUCAGCCUCAUGCAGAACACUGAGAAUCCACAGAAUGAACCUGCGAGCGCACAGAUGGAAAGGGAUUCCUAUGAUUUGCCGUCACAUGACGCCCUCUCAAAAAUCCUCCUGGAGUAUCUUCACCUCGUCAAAAAGCCUAAAACUCAGACCAGGACAGAAUUUGUACCACAGAAAAAGUCAAACUCUCAGCUCAACCGAACGUUUGAUGUACAUUCAGCACAAAAAAGUCCCUCAGUACCUGAUUUCAAAAAUGACCCUCAUGUAGGUGGAGUCACUGAACAUCAAACUAAAGAGUUGGAAAACUAUCGUGCGGCUAUGCAUAAGAUGGCGGACGACAUCAUUGGCCUGCGCUCUCAGGUGAGCAGACUGGAGUCUGAGAACAGUCAGCUGCGGCAUGACCUCUCCCUGCAUCAGGACCUGGGCCACACCCUGCUGGACGACACCGACACUGACGUCAUGACCAAGACCGAGAUUGCUGACCUGAUCGCCUCUCUGAAGUUCAAGCUCUCCAGUGAAAGCAGCAAAGCAGCUGCCCAGAAGGACAGAAUCCAACAGCUUCAAAACGAGCUCAUCAGGAAGAAUGACAUUGAGAAAGAGUUUGUCCAGCUGCAAAGAGCACAUCAACAGCAGCAGGCUGUGCUAAAGAGAUAUCAGGCCCGUGGCAGUAAAAUAACUGCACUGGAGGAUACAGUUCGCCAACAGGAAAAGGUCAUUGAGAAGAUGGAGAAAAUAUUGGAUGCAAAACUGAAGGAAAGAAAUAAAGAAAAUUCAGACAAGAAGAGAACAGCUGUGAAACAUAAAGAUGAAGAGGAGCUCAAGAGAAGAGAGAUCGAGUCUGUGCUGGCGGCAGAAAACUCUCGACUCCGAGCAGAGCUAGACAGGCAACGUAAUCUACCCCCACCUGUCAUCAUUCAACAGCCUGUGCAGCCUUUCUCAGACAGUGAGAAGCUGGACUUAUUGACGCAGCUGGCGAGAGCUGAGGGUCGAAUCCAGACACUGGAACAACAGCUGAAAGAGAACUCCAGACAGUGGGGGAAAGAUAAACAAGAGAUGUUGACCAGACUCAGUGAAUAUGAACAUGGAUUCGCUCGAACAUCAACCAUGAUUCUUCUUGAUCUGCCCGUGAAAAGUGUGACUGAGUCUGUAUUGGGACAUUCUCGACACAGGCAACUGGAACCUCUGAAGUGAUCACGUCUAAUCAGUGUAUUACAUCUCAAAGACGGAUUGUUUGCCAUCCUUAAAGCUCAGUGUUCCAUCCAGUUCAGUCCUCGACAUCAUUUCCCUGUUUGCAGCUCUGCUAUCUGCCGGCGUUCAGUGGUUUGAUGGUUAGCAUGAUGGGCUUCUCAGGCAGUAAGAUGAGCUCAAACGUGCUCCUGAUCUCCACCUGCCUCUGCUUCUCAAACCUGAAGUUCUCCAGCAUCUAUAAAGAUGACAAAACAACAAAUAAGAAAGAAAACCAGCCCAACGUUAUUUUGCCACUUAAGAGGAUAGGAUGUUCCUCUCUUUAGAAAUCCACAUACGUGAAUCAGGAAGAGCUGCAUCUCUGUCUCGGCGAUCCUGCGGCCCAAACACUGGCGUGGGCCAAACCCGAAGCUCAGGCUCCUGAAAGUAGUGGCUCUGGGAUCUGACCCAGCGAGAGGGACGGUACUGCUCUGGGUGCGGGAAGACCCGGUGAUCACGACCCAUAGCGUACAGACCCAGCUGAACUAAAGUCUGAUCCAGACAGACAAAUGAACAGUUGUAUUUUGUCCAAUUCGUUACUUCAGUUAUUUCCUUAAAAUCACACUCACCCCAGCUGGAAUGUGGUAAUUUUGAAGGACGAUGUCUUCAGUGAUGUAUCUUUGUAGACUCACUGCUACAGGAUGUAACCUUCAAAAGAAAUUACAUGAUUUCAGACACACGGUAAAGCCAAAUGCGAGUCAUAUUUAUUCUUUUAUUUCUGAGUGUUUCUACGACCACUUUGAACUACCUUGAAAAAAGAUUUAAUGAAAAACAACCCUGAAAAAUAAAAGCCCCUACAGUUGAAUAGAAAA